AUGAGGGAAUUUGUGGCAGAAGUGUCAAGCUUGGGGAGGACAAGGCGUAGAAACCUGAUCCAAUUGCAUGGUUGGUGUAGACGAGGCAAAGAUCUACUCCUGGUUUAUGAGUUCAUACUGAAUGGGAGUCUAGACUGUCAUCGUUUUGAGAUGGAAGGGAGCAGAUUGAGUUGGGUACAGAGGUUGAAGAUUAGAAAGGUAAUUGCUUUUGGCUUGCUGUAUCUUCAUGAAGAGUGGGAGCAAGUCGUCAUGCAUAGAGAUGUUAAAGCAAGUAAUGUUUUGUUGGAUGCUGAUCUAAAUGGCAAGUUGGGUGAUUUUGGGCUUGCCAAACUGUAUGACCAUGGUACCAAUCCCAAGACUACCCAUGUCGUUGGUAGUCUAGGUUACAUGGCGUCGGAGCUCUCUCACACCAGCAAAUUAAAGAUGAGCUCUGAUGUGUACUCAUAUGGUUCCUUGCUCCUGGAGGUGGCCUGUGGAAGGAGGCUGAUUGAGCCCGAAAGACCUUCUGAGGAGAUGAUUCUAGUGGAGUUGGUCCACUCUCUGUGGAAAGGUGGACGAGUACUGGAUGCCAUGGAUAAAAUGCUCGGAACGAGCUAUGUGGAGGAGGAAGUAGAGCAGUGGUGUAGCGACAUGGUGCCUGGUGUGGCAACUAUGUUGAUGUUUUGA